CCUCCCGCGGUCCCGGAUGCGCCUAGCGGAGCGGCGCCGCCUCGACCGCCGCCCCCAGGCCUCAGCCGGACGCGGCCGGAGUGCGGUCCAGCCUCGGGAAAUCACGUCAUGUCAGUGACCUGCGGUACAUGAUCCUCGAGUCUGGCCGCUCCUUGGCGUCUCUCGACUGGUCCUGGUGUGGGCAUGUCACUAGCUUGGUCCCUGCGUUGCUGAGGCUCCGCGUGUGGCUGCUCCAGUGCCGUGUGCCUUUGCCAGGUGAAGGAGAACCUUAAGUUGGAUUAAAAAGGGGGGCGAUAAUGCACCAUGGCAGCGGCCCUCAGAGCGUCCAGCACCAGCUGCAGAGGCCCCGGGCCUUCGCCAGCAGUGAAGAAGAGCAGCAGGCCCACCCAAAUCCACCCCAGUCCCCGGCCACACCCUUCGCGCCGUCGGCCAGCCCGUCCGCGCCUCAGUCGCCCGGCUACCAAGUGCAGCAGCUGAUGAGUAGGAGUCCCGUGACCGGGCAGAACGUGAACCUCGCCCUUCAGAGCGUCGGACCAGUGGUGGGGGGAAACCCCCAGAUCACGCUCGCCCCUCUGCCGCUCCCCAGCCCCACUUCUCCAGGUUUCCAGUUCAGCGCCCAGCAGAGGCGGUUUGAGCAUGGCUCUCCGUCGUAUAUCCAGGUCACUUCGCCACUGUCACAACAGGUGCAGACUCAGAGCCCCACCCAGCCCAGUCCCGGGCCGGGGCCGGGCCUGCAGAGCGUUCGGGCAGGCACCCCCGGCCCCGGCCUGGGCCUUUGUAGCAGCAGUCCCACCGGGGGCUUCGUGGACGCCAGCGUACUGGUGAGGCAGAUGAGCUUGAGCCCGUCCGGGGGCGGGCACUUUGUGUUUCAGGAGAGCUCGGGCCUCGCGCAGAUGGCUCCGGGCACCCAGGUGCAGCUGCAGCACGCGGGGGCUCCCAUCGCGGUCCGAGAACGGAGACUGUCACAGCCCCACGCGCAGUCCGGGGGCACCGUCCACCACCUGGGACCUCAGAGCCCUGCGGCCGCGGGCGCGGCCAGCCUGCAGCCCCUGGCCAGCCCCGGCCACAUCACCACCGCGAGCUUGCCCCCCCAGAUCAGCAGUAUCAUCCAGGGGCAGCUGGUCCCGCAGCAGGUGCUGCAGGGGCCGCCACUGACCAGACCCCUGCUGCCCGGGGUUGGGGUCGGGGUCGGGGGGGCUUCGGCCUUUGGGAUGACGUCCCCACCGCCCCCCACGAGCCCUUCCAGGACCACGGUGGCCCCGGGCCUCUCCAGCCUUCCUCUCACGUCUGCGGGGAGCGCGGGGGUGAGGAAGGCUCCCAAGAAGUUGGAGGAGAUUCCCCCGGCCUCUCAGGAGCUGGCCCAGAUGCGGAAGCAGUGCCUGGACUAUCACUACAGAGAGAUGGAGGUGUUGAAGGAGGCCUUCAAGGAGUACCUGAUUGAGUUGUUCUUCUUGCAACACCUCCAAGGGAACAUGAUGGACUUCUUGGCUUUUAAGAAGAAGCAUUAUGCUCCGUUGCAAGCUUAUCUUAGGCAGAAUGAUUUGGACCUGGAGGAGGAGGAGGAGGAGGAUGAGGAGGAGGAGGAGGAGGAGGAAGAAAAGUCUGAGGUUAUCAACGACGAGGUAAAGGUUGUGACAGGAAAGGAUGGGCAGACUGGUACUCCCGUUGCUAUAGCAACCCAGCUUCCGCCAAAUGUUUCUGCUGCUUUUUCAUCCCAGCAGCAACCGUUUCAGCAGCAAGCUCUCGCGGGGGCCCUUGUGGCAGGGGCCGGAAGUGUGGGCGAAGCGGACCCCUUUAAGAGGCAGCAGGCGGGGCCCCCAGCAGAGCAGUCUAAGAGGCCUCGGCUUGAAGUGGGCCACCAGGGGGCAGUUUUCCAGCACCCGGGGGCGAAUGCAGGCGUUCCUCUUCAGCAGCUAAUGCCGACAGCUCAAGGAGGGAUGCCUCCUGCCCCUCAGGCCGCUCAGCUCGCCGGACAGAAGCAGAGCCAGCAGCAGUACGACCCGACCACGGGGCCUCCGGUGCAGAACGCCGCCAGCCUGCACACCCCGCCGCCGCAGCUCCCCGGCAGGCUGCCCCCGGCCGGCCUCCCCGCCGCGCCCCUCCCGCCGGCGCUGCAGUUUGCUCAGCAGCCGCAGGCGGUGGAGCCCCAUGCGCAGCUCCAAGUCCCGGCCAAGGCCCAGCCGCCGAGCGCCCCUGUGCCCGCGCCCCCGCCCGGCCAGCUGCCCGCCCCACCGCCGCAGCCCGUGCCGCAGGCCCUGCACACCCCGAUGCCCGGGAAGGCUCAGAUGCAGGCCGCCCCGCUCUCCCAGCCGCAGGCGGUGGCGUCCACAAGACCACCCGUGGACCCCGCCCAGCCUUGUCAGCGGCCCCCAGCAGCUGCCUCUUCUACCUCGUCCCUCGCUCCCGCCAGCGGCUCUGGCCCAUCGCCAGCACGGGCCUCCACAGGGAACAGACCCUCCUCAGCAGCCAGCAAGUCACUGUCUCCAGUCACCUCCCGGUCCCCAGGGGCAGCCGUGUCAGCACCCCCGAAACCGCAGAGCCCAGCUCAGAACGCCGCCCCGCCCCAGGACAGCUCUCAGGAUAAGCUGGCAGAACAGAUAGCACUGGAGAACCAGAUCCAUCAGCGCAUCGCAGAUUUGAGGAAAGAAGGCCUGUGGUCCCUCCGGCGACUGCCCAAACUGCAGGAGGCCCCGCGCCCCAAGUCGCACUGGGACUACCUGCUGGAGGAGAUGCAGUGGAUGGCCACGGACUUCGCCCAGGAGAGGAGGUGGAAGAUGGCCGCAGCCAGGAAGCUCGUCAGGACUGUGCUGCGCCAUCAUGAGGAGAAGCAGCUUCGUGAGGAAAGGGGAAGGAAGGAGGAGCAGAACCGAUUGAGACGAAUUGCUGCCUCGACUGCCAGGGAAAUAGAGUGCUUUUGGUCAAAUAUUGAACAGGUCGUGGAGGUGAAACUGCGAGUGGAAUUGGAGGAGAGAAGGAAGAAGGCCUUAAAUUUGCAGAAGGUUCCCAGGAGAGGAAAAGAGUCGAGACCUAAGGGGCUUGAUGUUUUGCCAGAAGCUUUUCUGGAGUCAGCACUGUCUGGAAGGAAAAGAAAAGCUAGCACAUCCCUGACCGAUGACGAAGUGGAGGACGAGGAGGAGACCAUAGAAGAGGAAGAAGCCAACGAGGGGGCCGUGGACCACCAGGCAGAGCUGUCCAAUUUGGCCAAAGAAGCCGAAUUGCCCUUAAUCGAUUUGAUGAAGUUGUACGAAGGAGCUUUUCUGCCCAGUUUCCAGUGGCCGCAGCCGAAGCCUGACAGUGAGGAGGCGAGUGAAGAAGAAGAUGUGGAAGACUGCCCGGCUGAGAGCCGGAAGGACGUGGUUCUCAUCGACUCGCUGUUCAUCAUGGACCAGUUUAAGGCUGCAGAGAGAAUGACUAUCGGGAACCCUCACACAAAGGACAUCGCGGAGGUGACCGCUGUGGCCGAAGCUGUCCUGCCCAAGGGCAGUGCCCGGGUCAGCCCCACGGUGAAGUUGAACGCCCCAUCUCUGUUGUAUGGCGCGCUCAGAGAUUACCAGAAGAUCGGCCUGGACUGGCUGGCCAAGCUCUACCGGAAGAGCCUCAAUGGUAUAUUGGCAGACGAAGCCGGGCUUGGUAAAACUGUACAGAUCAUUGCUUUUUUUGCCCACCUGGCUUGCAACGAAGGCAAUUGGGGCCCUCAUCUCGUGGUCGUGAGGGGCUGUAGCAUCCUCAAGUGGGAGCUCGAGCUGAAGCGCUGGUGUCCCGGGCUCAAAACCCUCUUGUACGUGGGCAGCCACCGAGAGCUGAGGGCAAAGAGACAGGAGUGGACGGAGCCCAACAGCUUCAACGUGUGCGUCGCGCCCUACAAGCACUUCUUCAGGGGCUACGCGUCCUUCACGCGGGUGCGGUGGAGGUGUCUGGUCAUCGACGAGAUGCAGCGCGUCAAGGGCAUGACCGAGAGGCACUGGGAGGCCGUGUUCACCCUGAAGAGCCAGCAGCGCCUGCUCCUGAUGGACGCGCCGCCGCACAACACCUUCCUGGAGCUGUGGACCAUGGUGCACUUCCUCAUCCCCGGCGUCUCCAGGCCCUACCUGCACCCGCCGCUCAAGGCCCCGAGCGAGGAGAACCAGGACUACUACCACAAAGUGGUCAUCCGCCUGCACCGGGUGACCCAGCCCUUCAUCCUGAGGAGGACGAAGAGGGACGUGGAGAAGCAGCUGACGAGGAAGUACGAGCACGUGCUCAAGUGCCGGCUGUCGAGCCGGCAGAAGGCCCUGUACGAGGACGUGAUCCUACAGCCCGGGACACAGGAGGCGCUGAAGAGCGGGCACUUCGUGGACGUGCUGAGCAUCCUGCUGAGGCUGCAGCGUAUCUGCAACCACCCGGGGCUGGUGGAGCCGCGGCUCCCGGAGUCGUCCUACACGGCGGGGCCCCUGCGGUACCGCUCCGCCUCCCUCGUCCUCCAGGCACUCGACGGAGACUCGCGGAAGGAAGCGGAUCUCUCUGUAUUUGAUCUUAUCGGUCUGGAGAAUAAAAUGACCCGCCACGAAGCGGAACUGCUGUGUAAGAAGAAGGUGACGCGGAAACUCAUGGAGGAGCUGUUCGCCGCGCCGCUCCCGUCGGGCAGGCCGGCGGCUCUCAGACUGAAGCCCAGCAGGUUGUUUCAGCCAGUGCAGUACGGCCAGAAGCCCGAGGGUCGCACCGUGGCUUUCCCCAGCGUGCACCCGCCCAGGACGGCGGCUUCCGCCGCGGCCACCGCCGCUCCGCAGGGCCACGUGCGAGGACGGCCACCGAUUGCUACGUUCUCUGCAAAUCCGGAUGCGAAAGUGGCGGCAGCCCCGUUUCAGACCUCCCAGGCCUCCGCCGGCGCGCCGAGACCGCCCGCCUCGACCUCCAGCGCAGCACCUAGCGCGGCCCAUCCUGCGAAACCGCGGGCCCCGCCCCCGCCCCCGCCCCAGGCCCCCCCGCACCCGGCCGGGCAGAGCGCGCUGCCUCCGGGGCUGGUGCUCACCUCACAGGCCCAGGCGCGCCUGCCCAGUGGGGAGGUGGUCAAAAUAGCGCAGCUGGCGUCCCUGGCGGGACCGCAGAGCCGAGUUGCCCAGCCAGAGACCCCCGUGACGCUGCAGUUCCAAGGGAACAAGUUCACCUUGUCGCAUAGCCAGCUGCGGCAGCUCACGGCCGGCCAGCCCCUGCAGCUGCAAGGCAGCGUCCUCCAGAUCGUAUCCGCCCCCGGCCAGUCCUACCUGCGGCCUCCAGGCCCCGUGGUGAUGCAGACCAUGUCUCAGGCGGGCGCCCUCAACGCCCUGGGAAGCAAGCCCCCCGCGGGCGGCCCGGGCCCUGCACCCAUGACACCGCCAGUUGGUGCACCUGGGCGAGUGGCAGUCAACCCCCUGGCCACAGGAGAACCUGGCAUGGCCUCAAAAGCGGCCUCCCCCGUUGGAGGGCCGGCCCAGGAGGAGAAGACCAGACUUCUGAAGGAGCGACUGGACCAGAUCUACUUGGUCAACGAGCGACGCUGCUCUCGAGCUCCCGUCUACGGCAGAGAUCUGUUGCGGAUUUGUUCUGUGGUCGGCGGAGAACAGGCACCUUGGCUCAGGGCUUCUGACAGCGGUCACCAGAAAGGGGUCGGGCCGGCCGGCGGUCACUCCUCACCCUCAAGCGGUCAGAGGGACCUGGUUUUGACACUGACCCAACGGCAAGCCUGCCUGCAGGACGUCAUCGACAGGGUGGUGUGUGUGAUCCCUCCGGUGGUGGCCGCGCCCCCCUCCUUGUGGGUGGCGAGGCCGCCGUCCCUCUACAGCCACAGGAUGAGGGUCCUGAGGCACUGCCUGCGAGAGCACACGGCUCCCUACGCACAGCAGCUGCAGCGCAUGACGGCCCUGCGCUCCCUGCGGUUUCCCGAGCUGAGAUUGGUGCAGUUUGACUCAGGCAAGCUGGAAGCUUUAGCCAUCUUACUUCAGAAGUUGAAAUCCGAAGGACGUCGAGUGCUGAUCUUGUCGCAGAUGGUUCUCAUGUUGGACAUUUUGGAAAUGUUCUUGAACUUCCAUUAUCUCACCUAUAUCAGAAUCGAUGAAAACGCCAACAGUGAGCAGCGGCAGGAACUGAUGAGGAGUUUCAACAGAGACAGGCGGAUUUUCUGUGCCAUUCUGUCGACUCACAGCCGCGCCACAGGCGUGAGCCUGGUGGAGGCCGACGCGGUGGUGUUCUACGACAACGACCUGAACCCCGUGAUGGACGCCAAGGCGCAGGAGUGGUGCGAGAGGAUCGGGAGGCGCAAAGACGUCCACAUCUACAGGCUUGUGAGCGGCAAUUCCAUCGAAGAGAAGCUGUUGAAAAAUGGAACCAAAGACUUGAUCCGAGAAGUAGCCGCUCAGGGCAACGAUUAUUCCAUGGCGUUCCUGACGCAGCGUACCAUCCAGGAGCUGUUUGAGGUGUGCUCUCCCACGGACGACGCUGGCUUCCCGGUGAAGGCGGAGGAGUUUGUCGUCCUUUCUCAGGAACCCUCUGCCACGGAAAUCAUCGCGCCCAAAAUUGCAAGACCUUUCAUUGAGGCCCUCAAGAGUAUUGAGUACCUGGAGGACGAUGCCCAGAAACCCAAGGAGGAAGCGGUGCCAGGGUCGCCCGACGGCGACGGCCCGGGGUGGAAGGAAGAGCCAUCGCAGCUGGAGGAGUUAGCAGACUUUAUGGAACAGCUUACACCUAUUGAAAAGUAUGCCCUGAAUUACCUGGAGUUAUUCCACACGCCCGCUGGCCCGGAGAAGGAGGGCAACGGCGAGGACGCCGUGCUGACCGCCGUGACGGAGUGGGAGGCGCGGAACGCCAGGGCCCAGCGGGAGAGGGAGGCGCGGGCGCUACAGGAGCAGGAGCACGAGCAGCUCCUCACCUACACGAGGGAGGACGCCUACAGUGCGGAGUACGUCUGUGAAGGUGCCGACGGGCAGAUGGAGGUCAUGCCGCUCUGGACGCCGCCCACGCCCCCCCAGGAUGACAACGACAUCUACGUGGACCCGGUCCUGUGUCUCACGUACGAAAGCACACCCAUCCCGGAGUCCAAGCUGCCUCCCGUGUACGUGAGGAAGGAGCGCAGGCGCCACCGCACGGACCCGUCAGUCGCAGGCAGGAAGAAGAAGCAGCGCCACGGGGAGCCCGUCGUCCCUCCCCGCUCGCUGUUCGACCGCGCGACGCCCGGCAUGUUGAAAAUGCGGCGGGAAGGGAAGGAGCAGAAGAAGAACAUUCUGUUGAAGCAGCAGACGCAGUUUGCCAAGCCUCUGCCAACGUUUGCCAAACCCACGGCCGAGUCGGGCCCGGACAACCCCGAGUGGCUCAUCAGCGAGGACUGGGCGCUACUGCAGGCCGUGAAACAGCUCCUGGAGCUACCUCUGAACCUCGCCAUCGUGUCCCCGGCCCACACGCCCAACUGGGACCUCGUCAGCGACGUGGUCAACUCCUGCAGCCGCAUCUACCGCUCUUCCAAGCAGUGCCGGAGCCGCUACGAGAACGUGCUCAUUCCGAGGGAGGAGGGCAAGAGUAAGAACAACCGUCCCCUGCGCACGGGCCAGAUGUACGCCCAGGACGAGAACGCCACGCACACCCAGCUGUACACGAGCCACUUCGACCUGAUGAAGAUGACGGCCGGGAAGAGGAGCCCCCCCAUCAAGCCUCUGCUCGGCAUGAAUCCCUUUCAGAAGAACCCCAAGCACGCCUCCGUGUUGGCAGAAAGCGGCAUCAACUAUGACAAACCGCUGCCUCCCAUUCAGGUUGCAUCUCUUCGAGCAGAGCGUAUCGCCAAAGAAAAGAAGGCGUUGGCCGAUCAGCAGAAGGCGCAGCAGCCGCCCGUGGCACAGCCCCCACCGCCCCCACCGCAGCCGCAGCCCCCGCCGCCCCAGCAACCGCCCCCGCCUCUGCCCCAGCCCCAGGCAGCGGGUGGCCAGCAGCCCCCGGGGCCACCGGCCGUCCAGCCGCAGGCCCAGGCGCAGCCCCAGGCACAGCCCGCGCAGCCCCCGCCGAAGGUGCCCCCGGCCAUCACGACAGUGGGCAGCGCUGCCGUGCUGCAGGCGGGAGCCAUUAAAACAUCCGUCACGGGGACAAGCAUGCCCACAGGCACAGUGAGUGGAAACGUCAUUGUGAACACCAUCGCGGGUGUCCCUGCCGCCACCUUCCAGUCAAUUAAUAAGCGUCUUGCUUCACCCGUGGCACCGGGAGCCUUGACCGUGAGUUGUCCCUGCGCACGGGGACCUUCGGUAGCACACCUCCGGAGGCCCUGCUCCCGCCCAGGUGGUCCACACCCAGCCGCGAGCGGUCGGCUCCCCGGCCACGGCCUCGUCCGACCUGGUGUCCCUGGCACCCACCCAGAGCGUUCGCGCGGUUACCUCUGUGACAGCCUCGGCCGUGGUCACUACCAGCCUGACCCCGGUGCAGACCCCGACCCGGUCUUUGGUGACUCAGGUGUCCCAAGCCGCAGGGGUGCAGCUGCCCGGGAAGGCCAUCACGCCCGCACACUUCCAGCUGCUCAGGCAGCAGCAGCAGCAGCAGCAGCAGCAGCAGCCGCAGCCGCCGCCACCGCCGCCGCCCUCCCAGGUUCAGGUCCCGCAGAUCCAGGGCCAGGCCCAGUCGCCGGCGCAGAUCAAAGCUGUCGGCAAGCUGACCCCGGAACAUCUGAUCAAAAUGCAGAAGCAGAAACUGCAGCUGCCCCAGCAGGCCCCCCCACCGCAGGCCCCGCCAGGGCCCCCACAGCCCGCCACACAAGUGCAAGUGCAGGCCCCGCCACCCACGCCGCAGCAGAGCCCCCAGCUGGCCACGGUCACGGCCCCGCGGCCCGGAGCCCUGCUCACGGGCACCACCGUGGCCAACCUCCAGGUGGCCCGGCUCACCCGGGUUCCCCCUUCGCAGCUGCAGGCGCAAGGGCAGAUGCAGGCUCAGGCGCCCCAGCCGGCCCAGGUGGCGCUGGCGAAGCCUCCGGUGGUGUCCGUGCCUGCGGCCGUGGUCUCCUCGCCGGGUGUGACGACCCUGCCCAUGAAUGUUGCCGGGAUCAGUGUGGCCAUCGGGCAGCCGCAGAAAGCCGCAGGACAGACCGUCGUGGCCCAGCCCGUGCACGUCCAGCAGCUGCUGAAGCUGAAGCAGCAAGCCGUGCAGCAGCAGAAAGCCAUCCAGCCACAGGCUGCCCCGGGCCCAGCGGCUGUCCAGCAGAAGAUCGCCGCACAGCAGAUCGCUGCUCAGGGCCAGCCACAAAAGGUCACCUAUGCCACCCAGCCAGCCCUCAAGACCCAGUUUCUUACCACACCCAUGUCCCAGGCCCAGAAGCUGGCCGGGGCUCAGCAGGUGCAGACCCAGAUCCAGGUUGCCAAACUCCCUCAAGUCGUCCAGCAGCAGACGCCCGUGGCCAGCAUCCAGCAGGUCGCCUCUGCUUCCCAGCAGGCUUCCCCGCAGACCGUGACCCUCACCCAGGCGCCCGCGGCCGGGCAGCAGGUGCAGAUGAUCCCCACGGUGACGGCGACGGCGCAGGUGGUGCAGCAGAAGCUCAUGCAGCAGCAAGUUGUGACGACCGCGGCGGCCCAGCUGCAGAGCCCCGGCGUCCCCAACCCGGCCCAGGUGCCAGCCAGCUCCGACAGCCCAAGCCAGCAGCCCAAGCUACAGAUGAGGGUCCCCGCCGUGAGGCUAAAGACGCCCACCAAGCCUCCGUGCCCCUAGUCCCGAGAGCGGGGCGGCCGCAGGGCGGGUCGCCGUGCACCGCGCCCCCAGCCAGAGGCGGGUAGACUGUCUGUCGUUGCACCUGGGGACGAUGUCAUUUGAGAUGUGCCGCACCUGCGGAGUUCUCCUUGAAGCGGAGCAGCGUGAUCAUUUCCUCCUGCUGCGCCGCCCCCGCCCCUGUAGUAUGUCGCCGGUCAAAAAAGUGACGGUGGCGAUUCCACCUUCCGGUUUCUCCUCGAGAGCAGUAGCACUGGGUCUUGAGGCCAUUUAGAACCUCCGUUAGCGCGCCGUGUCUCACGCAUCACGGUAGCCGCGUGGAGUGCGCGGUGGGUCGUAAAACACUUUCUGAAGCUGAACUGUGGUCUCUGACCGCGUCUGCCUCCGCGCGGGGCUGCACACCUAACUGAGGACCCGCUCCGGUCCUUGGAGAGGAGACAGACCGCCUGACGCAGCGCAGCUCAGACCCGAGAGGCCCAGGGUGCUCUCUUCUCUCCCUCCUGAGAGGGGGCCUGUUCGGACGUUUACGGGACGUUCUCACCACUGACCCCCAUCGGGCACAUUCGUGAAGUGUUCCCACGGUGUCGGCCGGAUACCGUCUCCGGUGGAACUUUCAUUCCAAAGAGCGGCCCGUGUGGCCUCCCCCAGGCCCUGCCCACAGCGUGACCGGUUUCCGUCCCGGCACUUCCAGGACACUUCCCGCUCGUGGAGGAAGCCCGUGCUUGGACUCCACGCGCCGCGGCGGCUCCGGCAGGCUUUGUGAGGCUCCGGUCUCGAACUGGUUUGGGGCCCGGAGCGCUCAGUGCGGGCGGGGGCCCGGUGAGAGCGGGGGUGCCUGGCAUCGCCCCCCUGGCUUUCCUGCCCGUCCCGGGCGUGGUCUGCCGCCGCGGGAGACCUCCUCGAGCACGGUGACUUCUUCGCGAGCCUGUAGGCGUUGCCUGCCGAAGCAGGCGCGGUCCACUCUUCACCCUGGGCUCGCGGCAGGUUCCGUUGCCCGCCGUGCCGGGGUCUCGUCCGUGAGCGCCUGCGCUCCUCGCGGUUCUGUGGAAAGCAGAGAACCUUCUGUGCAGGAUUUGGGGGCGAGGGGGUGGUACAGCUGAGGGGCAAAGGGGAGGCCCCGUGUGUGCCUCUGUUUCAUUUUUGUACUACAGCGAGAAAGCAGGAGUUUUUGCAGUGGGCUCGGUCGGCUGAUGACCUGUGCUCACCUGGCCGUUUUCACCCCGGCAGAAGCGCCCGCUCGGGGACCGCCUCUCUGCUCUGUCUCCGUGCCUCUUUUAUGUCACUCGGUCCAGGAAAUCCGGUUGUCUUAGGUCUGUGUGGGCAUCCUGAGGGCUUUUACCUGCUAAUUUCGCGUGUUCUCCCCUCGUUGUACCACUUGAAGUGACACAAAGGAAAGCGGCCCGUAUGUUUUUGUUUCCAUUCAGUGUACGUGGACGGUAAUACGGGGGCGUUUACCGAAGCGAGGAGGCAGCUCGUUGUUGAGCUCUGGGUGGGAAUUUGGAAAGGGACUUAGCAUUUCGGUUGACUCGAAUGUAUCCAAAGAGCCCUCUGCUCUUGUUUUCUUACAACCACGCUCGUUGGUUCAGGCGUGGCAGGUGCCGUCAGGAGGGACCACAGGGUGCUGGGGGUGCUCUGUGCAUGCUCCUUCUGUGCGUGCUGAGGGGAUUCCUGCCCCUCUUCGUCCCCAGCCGUGCCCCAGAGCCCCCUUGUCUUGUCGCAGCUCCUCCUUCGCACACCCGGUCCGCGUUCCCCUCGCCCUUCGUGGUGCUGGCAGUCUGCAUCUGGAGCAGGUGCUGGCUGCACCUUGGAGCGUCCCCGAGGCGGGGCUGCCCGGAUGGCGGUCCUCUGUUAGUCUGGACACCGGGAGAGAAUUCGGAGCGUCGCUCAGAACUGACCUGGGGUUCAGAGCGUUCGUGGCGUGGAGCCCCCGCCCUUUUCUCAGUGCGUGACAGGAGUCUCUCAUCUCUGAGGGGGUCUCCUUCGCGGGUCCCCUCACGCAGAAUACAGAGCAGGAGACGUGUUACUUCUCUUUUCCUUAGACGUCACCAGCAGCCCCGCAGCCCCCAGUGGUCAUUCCAGUAAACCUCCUCCUCCCGGUGUGUAGUUUCUCGGUCUUCUGUCGUGAAGGUUCACUGUCCGUGUUUCAGAACUGAGCACGGGUUGGGGAGGGGGGGGUGCGCAGACCUCAGGUGGUUCUGGGAGCGGAAUCCCGCACUGCCCGGGAGCCGGGUUCUUGCCCGGCCCGUAGUGACCGAGGACGACGGCAGCCAGAGCGCUGUCACGCUCCACCCGGCCGCCACCGGGAGCGGUUCCCCAUAUUCUUUACGAAGAGACGUUCGCUGCAGUUAAGGGCGGGAGGCUGUGUCUAAGACCCCGUCGGGAGCGGGAAGCCGGACCCCACGCUUGGCCGGAUCCGGUGCCCGUUGAGGCGGGGCUUUCCCGUUUGAGGUCUCCACCAUCUUCCGUUUCCUGUGUGACCAGACAGCCGUUGUGUUGUAAACUAUAAAGUAGGAAGACUGAGAUUGUAAAUAUUUUGUAAACACCACCAUUUGUACUUGAAUAGUAGGAUUUUAAAAAGGGCACCGGUAUCCCGCCAAACAAAAGGUGUAAUAAAAUGACCUUUUUAUAUGUUU